AUGAGUGACAACGGUAAUCGGGUCAUUCUAUCUUACCAAGAACAACUGGAAGACCCGCUGGCCUUUGAUUUCGGCAUAUUCUUCAGUGACCUGCUGGUUAGAUCAGUCAAUGGCCUAUUGGAUUAUGUUCUCGGGCCAGUGGAAGAAGACAUGGAGAAACGGAAAGAGCAGGGGAAUAAGGAGGAAGAAGAGCAGAAGAAAGAGGAACAGGACGAUAUUGAGGAGGGGCACAGGGAAGAAGAGCAGGUGAAGGAGGAGGAGCAGGAUGAUUUUGAGGGGCAGCAGGAAGAUGAUGCUAGAGAGGGGCAGCUAGAAGAGGAGCAGGAUGAUAGCAUUGAGGAGCAGAAGAACGAAAAGGAAAAGGAAGAGGAACAGGGUGACAUUGAAGAGCACCAGGAAGAAGAGCAUGACGGUAGCAUUGAGAAGCAGCAGAAGAAAAAGGAGGAAUUAGAGGAGCAUGAAGAUGUUGAGGAGGUGCAGGAAGAUACCGAGGAGGGGCAAUGGAAGAAAGAACAGGAAUACAAUAUUGAGGGGCAGCGGGGAGAUAUUGAAGAGCAGCAGAAGGAGGGGCAGAAAGAUAUGCAGGAGGAUGAGAGGCUGGAUCAGCAGCAAGAAGAAAUUGAGGAGCAGAAUACAGUGAAUGAGAAGGAGGAUGACCAGCAACAUCAGAAUAUCGCUCACGAGGAGGUGGAAUUUCAGGCUGAAGUUGAGGAGCAGGAGAAUAUCGCUCACGAGGAGGUGGAAUUUCAGACUGAAGUUAAGGAGCAGGAGAAUAUCGCUCACGAGGAGGUGGAAUUUCAGACUGAAGUUAAGGAGCAGGAGAAUAUCGCUCACGAGGAGGUGGAAUUUCAGGCUGAAGUUGAGGAGCAGGAGAAUAUCGCUCACGAGGAGGUGGAAUUUCAGGCUGAAGUUGAGGAGCAGGAGAAAGAGUUAGCAGAAUCGGAGAAGGAAGAGCAGCAGAAGGAGAAAGAGGUUCAGGAGGCAGGGAAGAAUGUAAAAGAGGACUACCUCCAGCAGCAGGAGGUUGAACGGGAGCAGCAAGUGGAGCAGGAAGAAAUGGCGAAGCUGGAGGUAGAUCAAGGGGCAUUGAUGGAGGAGGUAAAAAGGGAAAGGAAUCCGAAGGUGGGUGAGGAUCGGGAUGGAUUAGAAAUGCAGGAAUUGGUGAAUGAAUCUAACAGAGAUCUGGAUUCAUCUGUCAAAGUUGGACAAAGGAGGAGGCGGAAAUGGUGGAGAAAACUACUGUGUUGUUUGGGCUAG